UCUGUUUCAAAGCUGUGAUAAAAUGAGUGUAGAGUGUCUUCAAUACAGCUCACUUUUAACAAAUUAUGUUAUACUAUUGGAUAAUAAAUUGCUAAACUACUAUCCAAAACACGUGAAAAGUAUGACGCAGCCGGAUUUUUACUUCAGAAAACCGCAAUAUAUGAAUACCUAGAGCAUACAUCCAUAUGUUACGUGUUAAACAAGUUUCACUGUAUUUUGUACGAAAUUAUAAUGUCGGCAUAUCCGGUUUCAUAGUGUAUGAUAAUGUUUAGUGAUGAUGUGAAAGCUUUACAGCUGUAUUUAUUUUAGUAAGCUAUGAAAGCUAGCAGUUGUUGGUUUCAGGAAAAAUUGUUUAACGCAAUAAGCCUGGCUACAACCAGCAUUGACAACGAAAAUCGCAAAAAAUUAACGCAAUUGCGUGAUAUGUUGCAUCUGCGCCGUAGAUGUGGAUCGAUGCACAUUCGGGCGCGUUGGCCGCGGCAGCAAGCGAAGAUGUCUAACCAUGAAUUGUCACAUUUCCCAGCCAAAGCAAGUCCAACAACACACAGGAUUUCCAGUUGUAAAACACUAACAGUACGCAGUAUACUAUUGUUUUUGUUGGUUACAAUGCUGUUGGUACCGGCGGCACUGACACAAACAGCUGUUAUAGAUGAGCUGUAUAUUAAACCAACCCCAGCGCUUCAUAUGAUCAAAGAAGAUUUAACAACGGUUGUGCUUGUUAAUAACGCCGCAAAUAAUGGGCGUAGUGACUUUGUGGGCCACCAUCUCAAUAUACGGUCUGAGGUUGGUCUCUUAACUUCCACAGCGCGCACCUUCAUACAAGAAGGCGUCACGACGGAGUAUGCCACACAAGUGGUGGGCACCACACUCGAUAGUGGCCGUUUAUAUGCACAAUACUUGAGGAAGAGUUCACGCGUACUCUAUAACAAUGGCCAGAAGCCACCACAACAGACGCAGCAAGCCUUCGUUUUGCCCACAGUGGUCACCAGUUGGGUGGGUGACAAUUUGGAAUUACAAACCAAAUCGCUAUUGGAGAGUCACAAUGAUCUCUUCAAUGCGGACUUGCCCGAUUGGCAAGAUAUUGAUGAUCGCUUGCUGCAUACCGAUGGUAAUGUCUUUGUUGGCAAUACGGAUGUUGCUAGUCAAACGAGUAGUAGAAAACAACAACAACAACAGCCGCCACUUAACGAUGAGCGCAUAUUGCAGAAUUUGGCCAUCACAACGGUGUUGCCACAAACUGUAGCAAAUGAUGAGCGUAGUAAUGUCGUUGGCGGUUCAGAGUCAAAGCAACUUAAAGUAGGUGCCAAUAAAGUGUUGCCCAUUGGCGAUUUGGCCACCUACACUGUGCGCAAUCACUUCUCACCAAGUGGCUUACCGACAGAAACCGUUAGCGAACCAGCAGCAGACACAAAUGUUAAAAAUCCAAAUCGCUCACCGAAACUGUAUUACCAACAACUGAUGGCAACUAAUAGUGGUGGCAGUACGCUUAGAAAUUCACCCUUCAACAGGCAGUUAUCAACAACAACAUAUUAUGGCUUUGCCGACUUCACAACAAUUGUUGGUGAUAGCGUGAUUGUAUUCUCGCCCAGCACCGCUACGCAGCCCAUGAAUUUAGGACAUGUGACCUCGAUUAUGGGUGAAGCCACAUUAGCAGGUCUAGGAGAUAAUGUACAGGCAACUGUUGGUGCUAUACCGGUCGCUAUGGCAACUGAAGUGCAGCAAACGCAAGAAAUCAACAAUGUGGCCACACUAAUAACGGAUGUGCAAGCAAAUAUGGCAACGCGCAUAAAUCUCAUUGAUAUUUCCAGUGAGACGCAGAGCGAAGAGCCGGUGGAAAAUUCCGACGUGGAUGAUAAAAAUUUGGCAGAUGUGACCGAAAGUAAUGACAGCAGAAACAUCAUAGCUAUUACAGAUGAGUCUUUAAGCGUAAUUGCUGACACUGUAAUAGCUGUUGAGCAAACGUUAAGCGUUAAGCCGACAUAUUCGCGUCCUUCCGAGCAGGAAAUUGCAGAAAUAUAUGCGUCACUUGCGCGUGCAGCAGCAGCACGUGAGCGUAUAGCAACAACAAUUCUGGUAGACGCGCCAACAAUGCCUAUAGAUGCAGCACCAAUGCAAGUAGACGCAGCAACAAUGGAAAUAGACGCGCCAACAAUGCAAGUAGACGCAUCAAAAAAUGCUCCAGCUGAUACGCUCUUAAAACAUGCUGAGGGAACAAGCGCGCAUCCAAUACUUGAAAACAAUACUGUACAAUUUGUUGCAAAUGGUGUAGCAUUAUUGCAGAGCAGUGAGGUAAAGCAGCCCGAAACUACAAACAACUUGUUAGAGCUAACCUCCACCAGCACUACCUCUGAACUGCAGAUUUUAGGUGGCGCCACAACAGUAUUCUAUGAAGAUGAUCCCUUCGCCAACUUUGUAGAGUCCUUUACGAGCGUCACUAAGGCAACAGAUAUGUUAUAUGCGGCAAAUAGUACGUUAACAACACAACCGGCAUAUGAUAUGACAAGCUCAAGUGGUGUACAAGCCACGACUGAGGAAGCUGAGGAUAAUGUGGAAACCACUACGGCUGAGUAUAAAGCAGAAACUGCGCAAACAUUGCAAGAAAACGUUGAUGAUGACGUCAAAAUGGCUGUGAAGGAAAUCAAUGCCGACAAUGCAGAUAUUGCUGAGUUGAGUGAUUGCAUUCGAACUUCACAGGUUUUCCUCACACAAAUAGCGAAAACGAUUACGCAGCUAAAUACUUUGCGCGACACAGACGCUGUUGAAGCUAUAUAUGCUACUAAAGACGAAACCGUUUUACUACCCACUUUCGAUAUUAUAGAAACUACGAAAGUUUAUUGCAUCAAACCACAGGCAACAGCGAUAGUAGGCGUACCAAGUGCGUCCAACGAGAAUUGGCACGAAAAAGCCGAGGAUAUGGUGCAGCUAGAGAAGCCACAAUUAAAGGAAACAAAACUGCACGAAAGCGCUGCUGGCGAUAAUGUUGACGGCGUAGACACAGAUGACAGUGUCACUACAACAGCUGAUAUGAAUGACGAGGAAAAUUUAGAGCAUACCACAAAAAUUGCUGAAGCAGAUAGCGUUAAUAAUAAUAGCAACAAUAAUGAUAAUGACUCUGAAGUCACUGAUGAGUAUGUUGAUAGUGUUCUAAAUGCCGAUGAUGCGUCGGGGGAUGAUGAUUCUGGUGAAGAGAUUGAGCUGAUUUAUAAAACCCUAUACACGACUUAUACGUAUUUGACGACAUUCUUUAAUGAAGACAGCAGCACUAGCAUAUCGAGUCACACUGAAGUUCUUACGAAUAUUGUCACAUCGACUUUGGCAGUCGGUAAUGUUGAAACCACGCCAGCAACUGUAACAAAUCAGGUAUUAAGUACUGCAACAGCAGUUGAAGCGCAAAAUGAGCAUGAAAUUAGCAGCAGUAGUAAAUUUAUACUCUCUACUGAGCUGGAGAGUAUACUACGUGUUGAUGAGCAUGAUAUGCAAAAUGGUAAAACGGAUGAUGUAGCGCUUGCGCACACCGCAACUGCAUUGCUGGAUGAUAGUAAGUUGGUGAAAACUUACUUUACAACGUAUACAUACUAUACAACGAUAUUUGCAGAGGGUGAAACUGAAAUCAUGUCCAGAACCGAGGUGUAUACCAACUAUGUAACCACGGACAUGAUAAUGCCAACCGCUGUGGCGGAGCAACAAAGUGAAACGGUUACUAAUUUCAUUAACAACAAUGCAGCGCAAGCCAGUGACACCAACAAUGCUGAUGCUUUUGCAAUAACUCAAGCAAAGGAAAAUGCAAAUGACCAACUAAGUCAUAGCACCAUGAGUCUGGACGCCACACCAGUUUUUGCGAAUGAACAACUUGGUUUCGACAAUUACAAAGACGUCACAUUGGUCACUGAUAUACGCUCGAGCAGUUCGAAUGGCCAAAAGCAUAUUAUCAAUCAACAGCAGGAAGCUUUUAGCGAUCAAAUCAGCUCGGAGAGCAAUACGGACGAAAUUAGACCGUCAGCCAUACUAUUAUUGCAGACAAGCUACACGACAUUCACAUACUAUACGACAAUGUAUAAUAAUGAUGCGACAAACGUGAUCAGUCGUUUAGAGACGAUAACCAAUGUCGUCACCGAAACGCUACAACCGACUAAAACCGAGAGUGUUGAUGAAGUCACUUUACCAAUAACCUAUUUCACAACAUUCACUUAUUGGACAAAGUUGGCGAAAAAUGGUGAAAUCACUACGCUCAGCAGAGAAGAGACCAUAUCCAAUGUCAUAACACCUAGUACAAUAACACAAACACGCAUACAAACAGCAGAUGAACCUCUGUUAGGAAAUGAGCAUAUGCUCGAUAGUACCCUGUCAGGAGAUGAGCAUAUACUCGAGAGCACGGUGUCAAGAGAUGACCUCGAGUCUACACAGAGUACACAAACAAAUACUGUGCUGGUAAAUAACGACAACAUUGCGGCUGUGGUUGAUCCAGCUGUUGCCGCUAACGGCAUAGCAGAUAACGCAGACGCUACGGCGCUUUUAGAGCCCACAACUUAUUAUACAACUUAUACAUACUACACCACAUCAUACGAUGCCGAUCGCACCAUAACGGAUUCACGUUACGAGACUGUAACCCACGUAGUUACACCAACAAGAGUUGCUAAUAAAACCGUUGCAAAUGAUAUUAACGAACGCGCGACAGCUGCAUUAAAGGAAGUUUUGAGCAACGUGAUUACGCCGGUGAUUGAGAAAAGUCCCAGCGCGCUGUUCUACGACUAUAAGCGUAUUAUUGAUGCGGAAGGUGUAAGUACAUUGCAUUAUCUUACGGAGAUAUUACCUACCACCGCCACGGAUGGCAUGCAAACGAACUUUACCAGCAGCACAUCCAGUUUGCAAGUUGAUGAAUUGAAGAAAGCUACGCAGUCGAGCAGCAUUGCUACAGCAAAUGCAGAUAACAGCGCGGGUCGCCAAUACAAGACGGGGUUGGUGCGCUUGAUCGAGGGCACACGCAUUGGCAAUCACACAACUACCUUGUAUCAGUCGAAAGUUAUUGGCACCUUCAUUGAAAAUCGCUAUGCACAAAUAAUUGAGAGUACAUCCAGUUUUAUUUUCGAAACAAACACUAGUCCGUUGGCCACCGACGCAGUUAUUGAACCGACGCUAAUAUUGCAAGUGCAGGAUCAGCUCGAAGCUACGGCAUUGAAUGCCGCCGCUGCACCAGUGUUACAAAACAGUAUUGUUGAUAGCACCGCUGAUACGCCCGCGCUCAAUGAUAAUGGCAAAGAGGAUGAGGAGAAUUUCGAUGGCGAUGCUGGUAAUGAAGACGAGGAUGGGGAGGAUGACGGUGAUGGCAGCAAUAAGGGACGUUUGGCUUAUCAGUCGAAAAAGCGCACGUUUACACCCGUAAUACGCCCAUUUGCUUCACGUAAUCGGCCACAAUUCGCACCGAAAAAGAAGAACAGCGUUUUGAGUAGCGCCACAAUUAUAACACGCCAUGAUUUCACACCAACCAUAACGGCCACGCCUGCACUGAAGUCUAGCGGGCGUUUUAGCACACGCAAAGGCGCCAGUGCAAGCAACGCAGGUGUUAGUGGUGCUCUUCCUAAUAGUUCAUCACGUCGCCCCUUCGGGCGUCCCAUUAAACCAACAGCGUCCGGUGGCAAUAGUUUUGCCUCAAAUACACCUGCACUCGGGUCUGGUAGCGGUUAUAGUGGUGGCCGUAACCGUUUGACAUCAUCUGCACGCCUACAAUCAUCGUCACGUCGUGCCGGCGUUUUGGUGCGCCCUUCAUCGGUUUCAGGCGCUCGUCCAGGUUUUUCGAGCGCUUAUGCCGGUAACUCACGCAUACGCAUAAAACCUACAGGUUUACCUCAACCCGGACAACAAAAUACGCCAGCUGCAGAAGGUGUCACCAUUGCGACAUCCGAGACGAGUGCUGAGGAGUCAACAACUCCCGAACUUCAAACUAGUUUCGAUGAAAAUGACGAGGGUGGCGCAGAUGCAGCACGCCGCAAUCAAAAUCCACUGCUACGUCUGCGUAGGCCAUUAAAUAGGCCGGCUGGUUUUACACCAGCUAGUCAGCGUGCAGUAAACGGCGGUGCUGGCAUUGUGACUGGUGGUGCUGUUUCACAACGUCGUAAUCCGUUAAUUUCCCGUGCUGCCAAAUCUACCACGACUUUUGCAAGUACUACGACAACAACACAAGCGCCACGCGCGCGCAGUUUACAAAGACCGCAACUCAACAAUGCACUAGGCAGAACGCGGCCACAAAAUAGUCUGUUUCCACCACGUGGUCUAUUACAGCGUCAAAUAAAUCAGGAGACGAAUGAAAAUAAAAAGGAUGACAGUACCGAGGGUAAUGCAGAUAACGAUGACGAUUCUGAGUAUGAUGACGAAGAUGAGGAAGACAAUGAGGAUGACACCGAUGGCGAUAAUAACCGGCGUCGGCGUUCGAAUAGUAAGCAAAAUAGUAAUAAAAAAUUAACGCUAGCGCUAGAAAAACCAUUGACAACGGACAAUGCUGAAAUUAAAGCUUUGCAUAAAAAUAAGUCCUCGCGUGUGCGUCGUGAAGCUGAAAAGCCGCGUAGUAGUUUUCGCAAUAGGUUUAGACGACCAAAACUGGCCUCUGCAGCCACCACUACCGAGGACCGCAAUAGCAAAGAAGAAUCAGAGUCCGAAGCGCCAGCGCCUGUAACUACAGCGGUGCCACGUGCAAGAACAGGUGGCCGUUUCGCACCACGUUAUAAUUUGCAUCACACAAGCACACAAGUGGUUACAGCACCGGCCACUACUACGAGCACAGGCAAUCACCGCACGAUCCGACCAACACGACCCACUAAUGGUAGAGCUCAGUUCACGCUACGUGAAAAGGAUACAACCACGACAACGCAAAAAGGUUUGACACGCCCUGGCACAAGUCAUUUUCGGCGUCCACAAACAGCAGCCUCAUCGCGUCGUUCGUCAGCGCCAACGACUAGUAAUCGCCGCAAAUCUUACAAUAACAACAAUGGCAAUUUGUCACAAGAUACAGCUGUACGCAGUACCUCAUCGCGCACACGUACCAACUUAAGUCGCACACGUACCACCGUACGUGGACGCAGCCGCAAUGAGUACAAUGCUGAUCCCGUUGUAAUACCAUUUGAUGGCACCAUCACAAUAACACAUGUCAUACCAGCCGAAGUGACUAUACCAGUCAUCAAUGGCCAAGUUACUGAGUAUAAAAAUGUUGUGACAGCCAAAACGAGCACGGAAAUUUUGUCGCCACAGCAAUACACCAGCUUUGUGGGUAGCAAUGGACAGACUAUGCUCGCAUUGACGCGUGAAGAUUCUAGCGUGAACUUUGGCGGUGCCACCGAGAUUACGCAGUAUGUACUGCAUGAGUCGCCGACGACAACUGUUAUCUUUACGCCAACCACAAUACGCGGACGCAAAACAUCAUUCUCACACGUCAUACCAUCAACAGUUUACUCAGUGGAGAAUGUGAUUUCGACAACGCAACCACAAAUCGCAUCGAACGCGCCAUUGGCAAAUAUAUUGCUAUCACAGUUGCUACUCGGCAAUAUAGGGCUACCAGCCGCCAAUCCAUUACUUGGCGCAUUGGGCGCAGCAGCCACACCAGCGCCUAAUCCGUUAGGUGUAGCUAGUAUACUGCCGCAAGUGCCAGCCACGCCAGUCACUGAAUAUCGCACGCAUUCAUCUACAUAUGUGACAACUGUCUUUGAGGGUAUGUCUACCGUCUUGCCCAUUACAUUCCAGGGUAAAAAGAUUUUGACUACGGUCUACGAUACGACGGCACAAACUAUAACAGCCACUGAGUUCAUAACCGAUACUAUUGUGACAACACCCACACAACAAGUGCAAGCAGUGCCACAGGUUAAUAGUUUGCUACUACAACAACUAUUAUUGCAACAACAGCUACAGCCGCAUAUCGAGCAGCCACAGUUACCAAUACCCAUACUACACACCACGGCGUCACCACUUUUAUUGAGUGAUAAUUUGCAAGAAUUCGACAUGAACCAUAUACGUCUCUCGAAUGAGAAUGAUAAUGAUAUUACUUUUAAUGAGGAGAAUACGCAAAAUAAUAAGAGCGGCCGCAAGAAGUCGCGUAAGUCCAGCAAAACGCACAAGCGUAAACACCAAUCCUUCCAAGAUGAGGCGCCAGAGAGCUCUAGCGUCAUAACGUUGUAUGUAUCCGGCCGCCGCCCGGGGGAGUUUAGCACGAUUCUAAGUACCGUGCCAUUCGGCUAUGACUCCACCAUACAUAAACGCCAAGCGCCCGGCGCUCAACAGCAUACAGCCAAAAUUGAUACGAUCCACGAUUUCUACGUGAAAGAUGGCAGCGAAUAUGUGCCGGCCUAUCUACUGCCGGAGGAUGAUAAGCCAGCGCAGCAGUUUGAAAAUAAUUUCCUAGAAAGCGCUGAAUACAACUUGCUCGAUCGGCAAACACAAUCGUUGGAGAGUAUUGUUGGCGACGUGAGUACAUGGAUCGCAAAGAGUACGCACACAUAUGGUGAGGCAGCAACAUUUGGCAAGCAAUUAGUGUUUACGAAGUCGCUGCCAAGCAGUGGUUUUCCAGUUGCAGAGAGUACGCAACUGCAGCUGAGAACGAAUGCGACCGUUCACAAACCCAAUCAGCAUUUUUUAGUUUAACUGACCUUACUGUGUUGUCAUCCCCAUGCCAGUUCAAGGUCAUUAAUAGAACGAAAUCAACGAUAAGUAUAUUUGGUAGUACUGAUUGUCGAAAAAGUAAAUGCAUUGAAACGAGCGGCGGACGGAAUGAGAGUGGCCGAGAUGAGAGAAAUGAAACUGAAAAGCAUGAUAAAGCGGAAAGUAAGGUUAUAGCAAAUAUAGGAGAGCAGGAAAGCGAAGUCGACAGUAAUGAGAAUGACGGUAAUGAGCGAAAGGAAACAGAAAAGAAUGAAAAAGUGGAAAGGAAGGUUAUUGCGAAUGAAGAAGAGCAGGAGAUCGAAACUGAUGUACUCAUAUACUUAGGGGAUAAAAC